UGAGGUGAGAACAGAAAAUUAGAAAAUGGUGAGAGUAAGACAAAGAGAGGGGAUAAAAAUUGUUCCCAAAAAAAAAAAAAAAAAAAAAAAGAAGAAGAAAGGGGUAAAAAAAAAGGAAAAAACAAAAAGUAAAUAGUAUUGAUAUGAAACAAAGCAAAAGAAUAGAAGAGAAAAAAAAGAGAGAGAUCGCGGUGGUUUUGAUUGAGAGCUCCAAUGGCGGAGGUCAAGCCCAACGAUACUAGUAACGCCCCCAUCAACACUCACUCCAAGCCCAAACCCGAUCUGAUGCCUCCUCCCCAAGACCGUCCUGUUCGAGUCUACGCCGAUGGGAUCUACGAUCUCUUUCAUUUUGGCCACGCUCGCUCCCUCGAACAAGCCAAGAAAUCGUUUCCAAACACCUACCUGCUUGUUGGAUGCUGCAACGAUGAAACAACACAUAAGUAUAAGGGGAAAACUGUUAUGACUGAAGCUGAACGUUAUGAAUCUCUUCGUCAUUGCAAGUGGGUAGAUGAAGUCAUUCCCGAUGCACCUUGGGUGAUUAAUCAAGAAUUUCUUGACAAGAACAAGAUUGACUAUGUGGCUCAUGACUCACUUCCUUAUGCUGAUGCUAGUGGAGCUGCAAAUGAUGUUUAUGAAUUCGUUAAAUCUGUUGGGAGGUUUAAGGAAACACAACGAACAGAUGGGAUCUCUACAUCAGAUAUUAUUAUGAGGAUAGUGAAAGAUUAUAACCAGUAUGUGAUGCGUAACUUAGAUCGUGGAUAUACAAGGAAAGAGCUUGGUGUUAGCUAUGUGAAGGAAAAGCGACUAAGAGUGAACAUGAGAUUGAAGAAAUUACAAGAGAAAGUGAAGGAACAACAAGAGAAAGUAGGAGAAAAGAUUCAAACUGUUGCAAAAACUGCUGGUAUGCAUCGCAACGAGUGGGUGGAAAAUGCUGAUCGAUGGGUUGCUGGGUUUUUGGAGAUGUUUGAAGAGGGGUGCCAUAAAAUGGUAAACCAUUUUACUUACAAGAUUGAUAUUUAUCAUGUCUGUCUUUUAUUUUUUUCAUUAUUGUUUUCCUUUUCAUUUCAGGGCACAGCCAUCAGAGAACGCAUUCAAGAGAGUUUACGGGGUCAAAAAGACGCAACAAAUCUGCUGGAAAAUGGAAAUGAUGAUGUUGAGAACAGCGAUGAAUACUACUAUGAUGAUGAUGAGACAGAUGAGGAAUAUUAUGAUGAAGAAGAAUGUUAUUAUUAUGAAGAUGAGAAAAGUCAGAAAGAAAAAAAUUAGAUUUCCAUGUUACAGAUCCAAUACCCAGAAAAGGAAAAGGGAGAUUUCUUCACAAUGCUAUCUGAUUGCUGUAGAUGAUUAAAAAAAGUUUUCCUGUAGUUUGUAAGAAAAAUUGAUUUGAUACUUUGUUUGUCUUCAUUUGUGUAACUUAUUAUGUGCUAUUCAUCUUUAGCGUGGUUGAAUUGUCUUAUUAUCUCCUAACACAAUUCACCAUACCAUGUACAUGAUAAUAUUGUCUGUGUACGUGUUUUGCUACCCAAAUUAGGCCUACUUUUAAGUUCGUAAGUUUUCUCCCUUCAGUUGCCAUGUAAAGAAACUUAAUGAACCUAAUUAUAGCAUUAUAAUUUAGAUUGAAAUUUGGAA